GUGCCCAUUGAAGAAAGGAUGAAAGGUGCCCGCCGCCUGGCGCUCCAGGCAGGUCUAGUGUUCCGCGGGCUUGGAAGGCAAGUUGGGCGGACAUUCCUCCGCUAACCGCCGAGUCCCGGGGUAGCGGGAAGCGAGAGCCCGGACAUGGACAGCCGCCUGCAAGAGAUCCGCGAGCGGCAGAAGCUACGGCGGCAGCUCCUCGCCCAGCAGUUGGGAGCCGAGAGUGCCGACAGCAUUGGUGCCGUGUUAAACAGCAAAGAGGAGCAGAGAGAGAUUGCUGAAACCAGGGAGACUUGCAGGGCUUCCUAUGAUACCUCUGCUCCAAAUGCCAAACGGAAGUCUCAGGAUGAAGGAGAGACAGAUGAGGACAAAAUGGAAGAAUAUAAGGACGAGCCUGAGAUGCAGCAGGAGGAGGAGAACCUGCCGUACGAGGAGGAGAUUUACAAAGACUCCAGCACGUUCCUCAAGGGAACACAGAGUUUAAAUCCCCAUAAUGACUACUGCCAGCAUUUUGUAGACACUGGACAUAGACCUCAGAAUUUCAUCAGGGAUGUAGGUCUGGCGGACAGGUUUGAAGAGUACCCCAAGCUGCGGGAGCUCAUCCGCCUGAAGGACGAGCUGAUAGCGAAGUCGAACACGCCGCCCAUGUACUUACAGGCGGAUAUCGAAGCCUUUGACAUCAGAGAGCUCACCCCCAAGUUCGAUGUGAUUCUUCUGGAACCCCCUCUGGAAGAGUAUUACAGAGAGACCGGCAUCACUGCCAACGAGAAGUGCUGGACUUGGGACGAUAUCAUGAAGUUAGAGAUCGAUGAGAUUGCGGCCCCUCGGUCGUUCAUUUUCCUGUGGUGCGGCUCCGGGGAAGGGCUGGACCUUGGGAGAGUGUGUUUACGCAAGUGGGGCUACAGAAGAUGUGAAGAUAUUUGUUGGAUUAAAACCAAUAAAAACAACCCUGGGAAGACUAAGACUUUAGAUCCAAAGGCUGUCUUCCAGAGAACAAAGGAGCACUGCCUCAUGGGGAUCAAAGGGACCGUGAAGCGCAGCACAGACGGGGACUUCAUCCACGCCAACGUCGACAUCGACCUGAUCAUCACGGAGGAGCCUGAGAUCGGGAACAUAGAGAAGCCCGUGGAGAUUUUCCACAUCAUCGAGCACUUCUGUCUGGGCCGGCGGCGCCUUCACCUGUUUGGAAGAGAUAGUACGAUUCGGCCAGGCUGGCUCACGGUGGGCCCCACGCUGACCAACAGCAACUACAAUGCGGAGACCUACGCGUCCUACUUCAGCGCCCCCAACUCCUACCUGACGGGCUGCACCGAGGAGAUCGAGAGGCUGCGCCCCAAGUCGCCCCCGCCCAAGUCGAAGGCCGACCGGGGUGGGGGCGCUCCCCGGGGCGGGGGGCGAGGAGGAACCGCUGCGGGCCGCGGACGCGAGCGGAACCGGUCCAACUUCCGCGGGGAGCGCGGUGGCUUCCGGGGGGGCCGCGGAGGUGCACACCGGGGCGGCUUUCCACCCCGGUAACCAGGCCGGUCCCUGCAGCCCCGGCCUCCCCCGCUGUGGCCGGGGCCUCCGUGGGCACUGCACAUGUAGUUCUGCAGGUGCCGCCUCCCCGCCAUGUCCACACCUGGACCCCAGGAUGCGCAGCACAGCACCUU